UCAGUUCAAUGAAAACAACACAAAAUGCAAUCUCUGAAACAGAAUGGUUCAGACAGCAGGAGUCUGGGAAAAAUCUACUACGACGUUCUGAAGAACGAAGCAGAUCCGAACAAAAUAGCAUUGAUUGAUAAAGUUACCAAGAAUCGAUUAAGCUACGGCGAACUUUUGGAUCAAUGUUUGAAAGUUGGCGAAGAGUUGAAAGCGCUCGGUGUAACAAAAGGUGAUUUAGUUGGGAUAGUGUCAGGAAAUCGUCCAGAGUAUUUCGUUCCUGUUUUGGCGUGCUUCUUCAUUGGAGCAACCGUCCAUCCAAUCAACGGCAUCUAUUUAUUAAGAGAGUUGAAAGCCGCCUUCGACAUCUCCAAGCCCAAAAUUAUAUUCGCAACUGAGGAAAGCUUGAAUAAAGUUCAGCAGCUUCAAGCAGAUACAGAUUACAUCGCGAACAUAAUUAAUUUCGAUGGGAAUUAUUUGAGUAUCAUUCGAGAUCGAUCCGGUUUGAGUAGAGAUGAAAUUGUUGAAAACUGCGAUAAUGAUGCCGCCGUGAUACUCAGCUCAUCAGGAACCACUGGUUUACCGAAGGGCGUAGUUUUAACGCAAAACAACAUCAAGUGCUCUUUUAAUUAUCUAAAAUAUCCAUACGUCGAUUUAAAUCCUGAUAAUGUCUUGAUCGGAAUGAUGCCCAACUUUCACGUUUACGGAUUUCUACUUGGUAUUGGCAACAUCCUUCGUCUCUCGUUAACGGUAAUUCUACAGAAGUUCCAACCCAAUCAAUAUUGCGAAAUAAUUGAAGAGUAUAAUGUGACCACUCUUCACAUUGUUCCAUCUAUUGGCGUGUUUUUAGCUAAACAUCCUAUUGUGGAAAACUACGAUUUUUCUUCGGUCAAGGAUAUCUUGUGUGGUGCUGCUCCUUUAGGUGCCGAAGUUCAGAGCGUUUUAGAACAAAGAUUUAAUUGCAAAAUGCGGCAGAUGUACGGAUUGACGGAAACUUGCGGUGUGAUAACUCUAGUACCAAUGGGCGAAGAAUCGAAGAUUGGAGGUGCAGGAAAACCUUUGCCUUGGCUAGAUAUAAAAAUUAUCGAUAUUGAUACCAAAGAAGAGAUGGCUCAAGGCGGAAUUGGUGAGGUGUGCGUGAAGACCGCACAAAAUAUAAAAGGUUAUUUGAACAAGGAGGAAGAAACUAAAAGUAUGUAUUUGGAAGAUGGCUUCCUCUGCACCGGAGACAUUGGUUAUUUAGACGACGACGGCGAACUCUUCAUCGUAGACAGAUUAAAGGAAUUGAUCAAGUAUAAAGGAUUCCAGGUAUCUCCAUCUGAAUUAGAAGACAUACUGAACUCACACGAAUACAUUGUGGACUCAGCCGUUAUAGGAAUACCGGACGAAAGAGCCGGAGAACUACCAAUGGCUUUCGUUGUCAAGCGAGAAAACGUCGAUCUCAGCGAAGAAGCAGUCAAGGAAUUUGUAGCUCAUCAUGUAUCAUUGCACAAACAACUACACGGAGGCGUCAAGUUCAUUGGAGAAAUUCCCAAAGGUCCAACUGGAAAGAUUUUAUGGAAAGAACUUCGCGAGUUGACCAAGUAAUAAUUUUACAUUGUUUAUUUAACUUUUUUUAAUCAACGUUA